AUAUUAUGCAAACUAAUCCUUUGGAUGUUCAUAACUCUGUUUUGAUCCUAUGGAGAAUGUGAAAGUGUUGAUUAUUUUUACUAUUGUUGCUUUUUCAGUUUUGAGUGUGGGAAGUGUGGGGUUGAAGGGUUUGAAAACCUGCAAUUUUAGAGCACUUUAUCACUUUGGUGAUUCCAAUUCUGAUACUGGUGGUGGGUCGGCUGCGUUUUGGAUAGCCGGACUACCACCGGGCGAGACUUUCUUUGGUAGGCCGGUCGGACGUGCCAGUGACGGACGUCUUAUAAUCGAUUUUAUCGCUGAACAUCUUGGACUGCCUUACUUGAGUCCGUACUUGGAUUCCAUCGGAACGAGUUUCCGACACGGUGCUAAUUUCGCUAUUGGGGGAUCAACCAUUAGGCCACAAAAUGAAUCGAUGAUGUUAAACGGGGUGAGUCCAUUCUCCCUUGAUGUUCAGAUCGUACAGUUUGACAAUUUCAAGAUUCGAACUGGCUAUUUCUACGAGCACGGUAACGCCGGACAUCGCCGUGAUCUCCCAAGACCUAAUGACUUCUCCAAAGCCCUAUAUAUAUUUGACAUUGGCCAAAAUGACAUUGCUGCUGGUUUGAGGAAGAAGAAUGAUACAGAUUUCCAUGCAUCAGUCCCGGAUAUAGUUGAACGGCUGGCUAAAGCAGUUCAAAAUCUGUAUGAGCAAGGAGCAAGGACAUUCUGGAUACAUAACACAGGUCCCAUUGGUUGCUUGCCUGUAAGCCUCCAUUAUCACGAUAUUCGACCCGAAGAACUCGACGAGCAGGGCUGUCUCAAAGCUCAAAAUGCCUAUUGCAAGGAGUUCAACGCGAAGCUUAAGGAUAGAGUGAUCAAACUCAGAGCAGAGUUACCGGAUGCCGCCCUCACUUAUGUCGAUAUUUAUGCCGCAAAGUAUGAGCUGAUUGGCAAUGCGAAAAGGGAAGGGUUCGUUGAUGCUGCAAAUAUUUGCUGCGGAUACCAUGAAGAUGAGGUUAAAGUAUAUUGCGGCAAAAAGCAGAACGUAAAUGGAACUGAAAUCUACGCGGGGUCUUGUGAAAACCCUUGGGAAUACAUCAGCUGGGAUGGUGUCCACUACUCCGAGGCUGCUAAUCAUUGGAUUGCUCGUCGUAUACUCAAUGGUUCAUUUACUGACCCGCCUUUGCCGAUUAAACAUGCUUGCCAUAAAACUUGGUUUUAGGUCUCCAGCUUUUAGUUUCAACAGCGAAUUAUUA